GCGUUGCGCAAUCUCCGGAGAAAAAUAAAAUCCAACCUUUCGGGCUUUUUGUUUCUGCUUGCCAUUAAAAGAAGCAACCUUUUUAGCACUUAACCAAACCCUGAGAAACUAACCAUGAAUUCUACUAAAUUCUUUUUUGUCAUAAUUAGAUUGCUUAUCUUCCUUGUGAUUCCUCCCUCUUCCAUUUCUGUUGCCCUGGAUGCCAUUACACCAAACCAACCCCUAAGAUAUGGCGACGUUCUUCUCUCCGCCACUAAAAUCUUUGCACUAGGGUUUUUUAGCCCAGGCAAUUCUCAUAACCGUUACAUCGGAGUUUGGUACAACAAUAUUCCAAUCCAAACAAUCGUCUGGAUUGCAAACAGAGACAACCCCAUAACUCCUAUUGCUGGAACUUGGCUCCUAGCUAUUCAUGGAGAUCAUGGAGGCCUUGUCAUUUAUGGGAAGGACCAAAAUAACCCUCUUUGGUCUGCUAAUGUCACAGUCUCUUCGCCAAACAAUUCCGUAAUAGCCAAACUUUUGGAUACAGGAAAUCUUGUAUUGCUUGAGAACAAUGGUAGUAGCCCAAGGGUGCUGUGGCAAGGCUUUGAUUACCCCUCAGAUACACUGCUUCCAUUAAUGAAGAUUGGGCUGAACCGGCGGUCAGGGCUGAACAGGCGCUUAACAUCUCGGAAGUCCCAGGAUGAUCCCGGAUCAGGGAAUUUUUCGUAUGAGAUUGACCCAACCGGGUUUCCGCAGUUGAUUCUUUACAAGGGUCAAACCAAAUGGUUUCGAGGCGGAACUUGGACCGGCCAGAGAUUUAGCGGGAUCCCUGAAUUUACAAUUAAUAGUGUCCGCAGCUUUGUGAACGAUAAAGAUGAGAUAUAUAUGAUGUAUACUGUUCCAAAUGGCUCAGUAUUCACAAGGGGGGUGCUAGAUGAAUCAGGAAUUGUUAAACGGUUCGUAUGGCGAGAUCAAGAAAACAAAUGGAUCGAAGUAAGCUCUAGCCCUAGUGAGUGGUGUGACUACUAUGGACAGUGUGGUCCAAAUGGUAACUGCGACCCAUACAGUAAUUAUAACUUCUCUUGCCUUUGUCUGCCCGGAUUUGAACCCAAGUUCCCCCAGGACUGGUAUCUGAGAGAUGGAUUGGGUGGAUGCCUGAGAAAAUUGGGAGCGUCUACAUGCCAAAAAGGGGAAGGGUUUGCUAAGGUGGCACGUGUGAAGGUACCCGACUCAUCUAAGGCACGUGUGAAUAUGAGUUUGAGUCUGCAAGGGUGUGAGCAAGAGUGCAUGAAGAAUUGUUCUUGCAUGGCAUACGCGCGUGCAGAUGAAAGGGGAGGAGGGAAGGGUUGCGUGACGUGGUACGGGGACUUGAUAGACACAAGAACUUUUUCAAAUGUUGGGCAGGACUUGUAUGUACGAGUUGAUGCAGUUACUUUAGCUCAAUUUGCAAAUGGUUCUGUAAUUAGCAAGAAGGCAAGGCUGGCAAUUUCACUAUUAUCCGCUCUUGUGUUCCUGGGCCUAGUUUUCCUUUUGUGUUGCUUGGUAAGGAGGAAGAGCAAAGCAGGCAGGCAGAGAAAAAAUAUGUUUUUCAUGGAAGAUAGAACAGAUCUCGAUCUCGAUGAUCAAAGUAAAAUAAACUCAGAAUUACAAUUCUUUGAUCAAACAACCGUCGCAGCCGCCACGGACAAUUUCUCUGUAGCGAACAAGCUUGGGAAAGGAGGUUUUGGCUCAGUCUAUAAGGGUGUACUUCAUAAUGGAAAGGAAAUAGCGGUGAAACGACUAUCGAAGAAUUCUGGUCAAGGAAUUGAAGAGUUUAAGAAUGAAGUUGUGAUAAUUGCGAAACUCCAACACAUAAACCUUGUCAAGAUUAUAGGUUGCUGCGUUGAAGAUGACGAGAAGAUGCUGAUCUAUGAAUACGUACCAAACAAAAGUUUGGACUGUUUUAUUUUUGAUGAAACAAAAAGAUAUCUUUUAGAUUGGACAAAACGCUUUGAGAUUAUCUGUGGGAUUGCUAGAGGGAUUUUAUACCUUCAUCAAGAUUCGAGAUUAAGGAUUAUCCAUAGAGAUCUAAAGGCCAGUAAUAUUCUACUGGAUGCAUCUAUGAGCCCCAAAAUAGCAGAUUUUGGUAUGGCAAGAAUAUUUCCAAGGGAUCAAUGUGAAGCAAAUACACAUCGUGUGGUCGGAACAUAUGGUUAUAUGUCACCGGAGUAUGCAAUGGAAGGAAUUUUUUCAGUAAAAUCUGAUGUGUACAGUUUUGGUGUUUUGCUGCUAGAAAUCAUAACUGGCAGAAGGAAUUCCGGUUACUACCACAAAAAAUAUCCCCACUCAAAUUUGGUUGGAUAUGUUUGGGACUUGUGGAGAGAAGGCAAUGCCUUGGAAAUCGUUGAUCCAUCCAUAGGCGAAUCGUACCAUGUCAACGAAGUUGUGAGAUGCAUCCAAAUUGGCCUAUUGUGUGUGCAAGAGUUUGCUGCUGACCGGCCAACCAUGUCGGCGGUUGUUUUCAUGCUAGGUAAAGAGGCAGCAGUUCCUUCCCCAACACAGCCUGCAUUUUUGUUGAAGAGGAGUUGUACUAGAGUAGAUCCAUCAACGAGUACUGAAGGAGCUAGUUCUAUAAAUGAUGUGACAUGUACAGAAAUAGAAGCUCGCUAAAGAAAGGCAUAGGAUUAUCCGACAUGUUCCACAAUAUAUAUAUAUAAGUACUGAAGGAGCUAGUUCUAUAAA